UAGAACCCACACCUGCUGAGGCCGGAGGAGGCCUGAGGCCAGAUCAAAGCGUGGCCCCGCGGUGGGGGGGCAAGCGGGGCCAUGGCUGAGGCUGCCCAGCCCAGUGGGAAAUCCGAAGGCGCAGAAUUUUCAAUCCAGAUCCAGCAGCCUGUGGAGAGACCCCCAAGAACGCCGGCCAGGCGGGGUGGGCAGUCAGUGCUCAGAGUGUCCCAGCUGCUGCUCAGGGCCAUCGCGGGCCACCAGCACCUGACUCUGGCUGCGCUCAAGAAGGAGCUGGGAAAUGCUGGCUACGAAGUGCGCCGGAAGAUGUCUCACCAUGAGGGGGGAUCCACCAGGUCAGAGAAAGGCACGCUCCUGAGGGUCAGUGGCAGCGAUGCUGCCGGCUACUUCAGGGUCUGGAAGGUUUCAAAGCCGAGGAGAAAGGCGGGACGGUCCCAGUUGACGCUGGGCAGCCACUCUUGGAAGACCGUGCUCAAAUCCCCCAGACCACGCAGGCCCCGCUCUCGUCGCAGGGCAGCCAAGAAGGCCAGAGAAGUUUGGAGACGCAAGGCCAGGGCUUUGAAGGAAAGGUCCAAGAAGGCCAGAUCAAGGUCCAGAUCAAGGACCAGAUCAAGAGCCACUUCAAAAGCCACUUCAAGAGCCACGUCAAGGGCCAUGUCAAGGGCCCAGUCAAGCGCCAGGUCAAGGGCCCAGUCAAGCGCCAGGUCAAAGGCCCAGUCAAGGGCCAGGUCAAGAGCCCAGUCAAGGGCCAGGUCAAGGACCCAGUCAAGGGCCAGGUCAAGGGCCCAGUCAAGGGCCAGGUCAAGUGCCAGGUCAAGAGCCAGGUCAUGGGCCAGGGCCAGGGCAAGGUCUAGAGCUACAGACCUAGUGCGUUCCAAGGCCAGGGAACAGGCUAAGGCCAGGGAACAGGCUCGUGCCAGAGCCAGGGAACAGGUUCAUGCCAGAGCCAGGAUACACGACUGUGUCAGGGCCAAGGCACAGGACUGUGUCAGGGCCGAAGAGCAGGAAAAUGUCAGGAUCAAGGAGCAGUGUGCCAAGGCCAGGGAACAGGUGCUUAUCGGAGCCAAGGAGAAAGGCAGGAUCAAGGCAAUCGACAACAACAGAGUACAGCCUACAAAUGAAGACACAAGUCCUUGGGCUGCACACGAGAAGAGACAGGAACCCGAGAAGCCAAUUAAACAGACCAUCCAGAAACCAGCUACAGUCAAAGUGGACAAAGCUCCCAGCAGACAAGGAAAAGCGAACACAAAGUAUUCUACCAAAAGUGGUCAGCCUGGGGGCACAGGGACUCCUUAAUGCCAGAGGUGUUCCUCUGGGUACCGUUGCUUUUCCAGAUGGGCUCCAAGGAGAUCAGCUCUCUUUCAUUGAAGCGAUUUACAAGAGU